CCCUCUCCGAAAAUCAUUUCAUCAAAUCCGCUCGCGCGCUCGACUCCAUCCAAAUCCCGAAAAUAUUUCGUCUCCGGCGCGAUCAUUUAAGCCCUUCUCCCCUCCGUACGCAGAUCACCCGCGAACCCGACCUCGCCAAAAUCACCGAUCCAAUCUCGAACCCAGCCGCCUCGCCGUCCGCCGCCCAUGGAGACCGCCGGGAGCGGCGGCUGCAGCAUCCGCGAUCUGCCGCCGUCGAAGCGGUUCAAGUUCGUCGGCUCCGACCUCGGAUCGGCGCCGCUGCCGGUCAAGAAGCGCGCGUUCCGGCCGCUGCCGGAGGCGGCGCCUGCCCCCGUUUGCCUCCCGGCAAAGAAGCGCGCCUACGCGCCGGCGCUGGAGGAGGCGGCGGUGAGGGCUUGCCUCCCUGCCAAGAAGCGGGCGUAUGCGCCGCCGGCGGAUGAGAUCUCGCCGGAGGAGGCCGCUCCUCCUCCCUCCGCCCCGUCUAAGAAGAGCGUCCAUGCGUGGUCGCGCCCGGAGGGCGCGGCUGCUCGCCUGCCCGUCCCGGCGAAGAAGCGUUUUCAGAUGCGGUCGGGCCCGGUGGCCGACACCGCCGCUCCCUCCGUACCGCCGAAGAAGCGCGUCCUGACGCUGUCGCCCCUGAGGAACGCCGGUGCUCCUCCCACCGUCCCGGCCAAGAAGCGCGUCCAGGCACCGUCGCUCGGUGCGGACGCCGCUGCUCCUCUCUCCGCCCCGGCGAAGAAGCUCUUUCAGGCGCCGCGGCGCAAGGAGGCCGCCGCCGCCGCUCCCUCCGUCCAUGCGAUGUCGUCCACGGUGGACGCGGCUGUUCCCCUCCCCGUCCCGGCGAACAAGCUCGUUCAGGUAGCGUCGCGGCCGGAGGUCGCCAGCGCCGCUCCCUCCGUCCAGGCGAAGAAGCGUGUCCAUGCACCGUCGCCCAAGGAGGACGCCGCUGCUCUUCCCUCCAUCCCGGCCAAGCAACGCGUGCCGGUGCCGUUGUGCCCGGAGCGCGCCGUCGCUGCUCCCUCCGUCCCAGCAAAGCAGCGGGUCCUGGUGCCGUCGCGCAUGGAGGGCGCCACUGCCGCUCUCUCCGUCGCGGCCAGCAAGCGCGUCCCGUCUCCGUCUGCCCCGGAGGACGAUUCGGCUCUGUUCCCGGUUUGCCUACCGGCCAAUAAGCGCGUGAUGUCGCAGUUUAUCCCGCCCUCGCCAUCAAUGAAGCCUGAUGGGGAUCGUGUAGCUGCUGCCAAAGAAACCAGGCCUGAAGGAUCGGUUAAGCGCGGCGGCGCCACCAGUUCUUGCGUGGCAGAUGGUGCCGGAGACUGCCCAAGAGCUGAAGCGUCCAAGAUGCCAGAGAAGCCCAAGGAAGUCAAGGAUCUGGUGUUCCCCAAAUCCCGCAGAGCGAACACUGCAAAAAAAGCGAGUGGUCUACAUUGCAAGAAGCUCUCUGAGGUGAUCAGCUGCAUGCAAUCUGAAGUUCAAGCUGAAGUGCCCAAGGCAUCGGAGCAAGCGAGUGAUGUACACUACAAGAAGCUGCGGAGUGUUGUCAAUGACAAAAGUUCUGAAGUUCAAGCUGAAGAACUCAAGACAUUAGAGCAAGUGAGUGAGGUACACUGCAAUAAGCUCUCCAAUGAUAUACAUUCUGAAGUUCAAGACGAAGUGCUCAAGACAAUAGAGCAAGCAGGUGAUGUGCACUGCAAGAAGCUCCCCAAUGUCAUCAGUGGCAAACAUUCUGAAGUUCAAGAUGAAGUGCUCAAGACAUUAGAGCACGCGAGUGAUGUGCACUGCAUGAUGCUCUCCAAUGACAAACGUUCUGAAGUUCAAGACGAAGUGCUCAAGAUAGCAGAGCAAGCGAUAGAUCCUAAAGUGGCAGCACCGGCACGCGAAGUAGAGCCCAGGAAGGAAGAUGAAGUGGCGGUGGAGCGAAAGCAAUGUGCCCUUGUGGAAGAAGUGGAGGACGACGGCGUGCUCUGCGAGGUUUGCCGGAGUACUGACGGCGACCCGUCGGACCCCAUUGUGUUCUGUGACGGGUGCGACCUCAUGGUACACGCCACGUGCUACGGCAACCCGCUGGCCCAGUCCAUCCCCGACGGCGACUGGUUCUGCUCGCUCUGCUCCGAGAAGGCGACCACGAAGAAGGGCAAGCCUGCACGCCCGCCCUGCUGCCUCUGCCCGGGGAGAGGCGGCGCCAUGAAGCGCACCACGGACGGGGCGUGGGCGCACAUUGAGUGCGCAGUGCUUGUGCCGGAGGUGUUCUUCCAGGAUGCGGAUGGCCGCGACGGCAUCGACUGCUCCCUUGUGCCCAGCCGCCGGUUCACCAAGCACUGCUACAUCUGCGAGAGCAGCAGGGGCUGCGCGCUGGAGUGCUCACAGCCUAAGUGCGACCUUGGGUUCCACGUCUCCUGUGGCCUCAACGUCGGCAUGUGCAUCGAGUACCGUGAGCAGAAGGGCGGCGGGGUCGUUGCCGGUUUCUGCAUCGAGCACACCAAGAUUUGGGAGAAGCAACAACUGACUGGCAAGUACAAGAUUGUGUCAAGGGGGCAUUAGUGGCAUUGAAGAAAAAUCAGGCGAUCUAUUGCUAUGGAGUGGUGAAGAUUUGCAUCUCAUAAUUAGUGUUUAGGAAGUAUUAUUCUUCUAGUUUUUCUCUCCUUCUGGUGUGUCUUCUGCAAUGUUUAGUUAUAGUAGUACAAUAUUAGAGUGUCUCAUGGCCUGUGCAUGAAAGUAAUUACUUAUUUGCAGUUAUAUUGGCACAAUUUGUGUCUUAGACAGCUUGGAGGUGUAAAGUUUCAGCUCAUUUCUAAUGUCAGGAAGAUGAGUUGUUUCUACCUCGUAGAUUCUUCUUAAUAAGCAUUGUCUAAAUCUUGUUAUUGAAAUAAGAACAUGAUUUUUU